AUGAAACAAAGUGGUACAAUACCACCAAAUGAAUCGUUAUCAUCACCAUUAUCAUUAGAUAUACGUAUUGAGAUAGAAUCACAUUAUCAUUUACCACCAAAUCCAAGUCGUGCCGAAGAAUUACGUAAAAUUGUUAAUGACUAUGGUUUUCAUCAUAUUUCAACACGUAUAUGGCCUU